GGGUAUAACUCUUAAUGCAUAUUUACAAACCCUGAUGUCUACGACAGCCAAGGUUACGAUCGGCUUAUCAGUGAUAUUCACAGCCUCAAUAGUUACUUAUGUACAUCUUUCACAAAUUUUGGAUAGAAAGAAAAUGAAGGCUGGCAUUUUGAAUGAUAUGAAUAAGGAACAGAAGAAAAUUCAAAAUCUGAAAAUGUUGCAAACACAGGCAGAACUGAAAAGAGCCUAUGAACGAGAGGCUAAAAAUGCAGAGAGCUGAAUAAAUUAAACAUUUACAUUUGGAUUAAGUAAUUAUGUAAUUUUAACAGGUCACAAAUCUUGACAGAGGAGUGAGUUAAAUCAAAUUAGUAUGUACCUAUUGAUCUUGGAAAUAUUGAACUCAGACUGAAUAAGGAUGUAACUAAAUAUCACAAGGCAUUUUGUUUGCCAUACUACUGA